UUAUCCAACCCUCUUAUCCACCACCCACACCACAUCUUUUAACUCGCCUUCGCAGAGAUCCUGCGGAGAAGAAGAGGAGGAGGAAAGCAGCACAGGCACAGUAGCAAAGAAGAAUGGCAGCGUCCCUCCAGGCCGCCGCUACCCUCAUGCAGCCGGCAAAGGUCGGCGCCACCAGCCGGACCGCUGCAGGAGUGCAAUUGAGGUCCUCAUCUCACCUCACCAAGGCCUUCGGCCUUGAGCCUGCUGCCAGUGCCAGGCUCACCUGCUCCUUGCAGUCGGACGUCCGAGAGAUGGCCCAGAAGUGCGCUGAUGGCGUAAAGCUCGCCGGCUUCGCCCUGGCCGCCUCCGCCCUCGUUGUCACGGGAGCAAGCGCGGAGGGAGUGCCGAAGAGGCUGACAUAUGACGAGAUCCAGAGUAAGACGUACAUGGAGGUGAAGGGGACGGGAACGGCCAACCAGUGCCCGACCAUCGACGGCGGGGUGGAGUCGUUCGCCUUCAAGCCGGGCAAGUACAACACCAAGAAAUUAUGCCUCGAGCCCACCUCCUUCACCGUGAAGGCGGAGGCCGUGAGCAAGAACGCCCCGCCAGAGUUCCAGAAGACGAAGCUGAUGACCCGCCUCACC